GCCGCGACUCUAUCACGUGGCGCCAAACAUCGCCGUCGACCCCAACGGCCGCUUGCUGGCACUUCACCGAUCAGAGCUCCAUCCGCACGCCGUCAAACACUCACAAAUCCAGGCCUACCACGUCGCCUUCGCUCGUGCCUCCUCUCCAGACCACCACCGCACGCCGAGCCGCCUGUCAGAGCCUUCCGUUUCCAAACAAGCCGCCAAUCAACCCGCUCCUCCGUCGUCCCACACGCUCGUUCGGCGUCCGCCUCCACCCACGCCUGCAACACAGCGCCCUUGCGAACGGAAGCGCACCUCCCCCCGCUCUGGCUCUCAAUGCAUCCCGCCAGCUCUCAGUCGGCUUUGUAGCGUUGCGCUGGUUGCGCAAAGCCGAACUGUUAUCGCCACAUUCAGAGAGACAUACGCUUCCUCCCUGCGGAUUGUUGACGUAUCUGGUCGGUUUGCACCAUGGCGAACGCGGCACAGCUGGCCCAGGUCACCCCGGGCGAUAUCCUUCUGGUUGUCCAUGACUUCAACGCGCGGAGCCCUGACGAGUUGAGCCUCAAGCGAGGAGAUAAGAUUGAGCUUAUAGAGAAAGACGACGAUUUCGGAGACGGCUGGUUUCUAGGACGACAUUUAUCGAGGGAUGAUAGCGGGUUGUUUCCAGCAGUGUACACUACUCCAGCACCUAAACCUACGUCUGGUGCCGGGAGACGGGUUUCUGUGCAGCAAGCCACGAGCGGAACAGGCCAGCCCAUUGCUGAGCUUAUGGGAGAUGAACACCUCAGAGCACCCUCUGUUCAACCGCCCGGCUCAGAGUCAAACCAUGCGACUGUAUUGCAGUCUGGGACAGAGCGCUCCUUCUCAGCGCCACAUGCCUCCUCAAAUAUGUCUUCGUCAGGUGCAGGAAUCAGACCUACAGCCGCUUCUGUAGCGCAACGAAGCAUAAGUCUUAGCAACGGCGCACACCAGAACAGUCCUGUGAUGAAUGAGACCUUGAGUGUCAUCGAGGAGCACAUUACAGAUAUGAGCACACCGCGGCACAGCUUACUUACACCAGAACCUUCAGUCAUGCAGGAGGAGGAUCGUACUGAACUCCAAACACGCCUUUCUUUUAUAAACGGACAUGAGACGGACGAGGAAGAAUCGGCUGCAUUGACUGCAGACGAGGUUCUGCGUUGGGAUCCCGAGCGCGUUUCUGAGUAUCUCGAGGACAUGGGCGUAGAUCCGCAGCAGUGCAGAGUCUUUUUAGAGCAGGAAAUAACCGGAGAGGUCCUCCUAGGAAUGGACCAAGGCUCCCUUAUGCUUAAAGAGUUUGAGCUAGGUUCUAUCGGGAAGAGAUUAGCGCUCUGGCAGAAGAUCAAGGCCAUCCAAGAGGAAGUGAAGACAGGAGUCACAUUACGGCGAGGCAGCGGAGGGUACGGAGGGUCGGGCUCGCCUGCGAAUGGUGUCCGUAACAGAAGUACGUCUGUCGGUCUGCCGCGAAUACCCAGUUUGAUGGAGCGUCGAACGCCUUCUCGUCAAAAUUCACUACAGCGGUCUCCAACGAAGCAGCACGCGAAGCACAAUGAAAGCACAGCAUCCAUGCCGACCAUGGAAGCUCAUCAUGGUGGCCACACGCCGCGACCGUCUGCAGCUUCGAUUAGAAGCAUGAAUCACAGUCGCAGACAUUCUUCACUUGAUCAAGCAAUGGCUUCACCAAGCAGGUUACCUGCGGAAUCACCAACGAUCCACAAGCAUACGAAACAAGGCUCCUUCGAUCAAGGUUGGACGAUGGGCGCGCCCAGUUCUUCUACGCAAGGCACACCCAAAGACAUUCCUUCUGGGGUCCAAAGUCCGGAUCCGUCAAGCGAAUUGCCCACUCCGGGCGAACACGGUAUGCUUGUCGUCAACUCUCUUGACCUGGACCGGGGCUAUUUCUCUGGUAAUGAAGUAGACAAUCGCGACAGACAAAACAAGCUACGGAAGCGGCAAGAUUUGCAUGGCCGCGCACCUAGUGACGGCUUUGGUACUAGGCGACUAAGUGCAGUGUUCAGAAGCAGACGUGCAGGCAGCACAGAUUCUUUGGAUAAGCUCAGCGAGCCCUCCCCAGCACAAUUAUUUUAUGGUAAGACCAGCCUUUCGAGUGGUCGCUCCCCAAUGUUGUCACCGGGCGCUGGACAUCGGAAGCAUUCGUCAGUUUCACCUACCGUAACCAAAUUGGAGUACGGAGACUCUCCUAGUAUUGACGCAGUCGCCAAUUCACCUCAUGUACCCGGUAGCGAGACUUCUUCCAUCGAACGGACCUCUGCGUCGAAGAACAUACUGAAUCGAACCCGAGCAACGGGACUGAAAGCUAUCUCAGACGCGAUUACUGGCGAGGAAAAGAAAAGUGCGGUGCCGCCCACCUCCGCAUCGUCGGAAAAGGGUUCUUUCCCUGCAAAAGAAUCUCCUAUGCAGUCGCCAGGAUCUAGCUCACCUUCGGUACACUCGAAAAGUUUCGAAGGCACAGAGGAAAGUUUACUCCUCAAGACUUCGACGAGCGGUUCUGGCGGACGGCAUCAAGCUCCCCUUCUUCCUCGGCGGAAAGGCAAGAAGUCUACCAGUGCAUACACACGUGGGCUGGAAAAGAAAACUCCCAAGGAAGCGAUGGCCGACUGUGACUACAGUGGCUGGAUGAAGAAGAAGUCAUCGAACCUCAUGACAACAUGGAAGACACGUCUUUUUGUGCUUCGCGGCACUCGCCUUUCCUAUUACUAUGCCGAAGAAGACACAGAAGAAAAGGGCCUCAUCGAUAUCUCCUUCCAUCGCGUACUUCCUGCGAACAAUGAUCGCAUUCUCGGUCUCCAUGCUACCUUUACUGGUGCGAGUGCUUCGCCUACGUCACCGCAAAAUGCACAGAUUGAAACCGCAGCAGCGCAAGACGCGCAGAAAGCUGGGCCUUUGAUGAAGGGUGAAGAUAGUGGGAUGUUCAUCUUCAAGCUCGUACCGCCACGUGCCGGGCUGUCCAAAGCCGUGAACUUCACCAAGCCAACCGUACACUACUUCGCCGUCGACAAUAUCCAACAGGGCCGCUUGUGGAUGGCUGCAUUGAUGAAGGCAACGAUCGAGAGGGACGAAAGUCAUCAAGUCAUUACGACUUACAAGGAGAAAACCAUCAGUUUGGCGAAAGCUAGGGCUAUGAGGCAACGGCCUCCUGCCUUGAUGGGCGAUAGCGACGAGGAGAAGAACAAGGGCAAGGACCUUGAGCAGACAGGCCUAAGGAUAUCCUACAGCGUAGGAGAUACUGAUACCGCAACCGUGACCACGAAUGGCGACAAGGAUAGCAGUUUCACCGCCGCUGAGUCGGUGAACCCUUCGACGGAAAACGUCGACCACACGUCUAUUCCGUUGUCAUCGUGAACAUUCUUUUGCUUGCCCGAACCGUGGCACAUUCAUCACAGCUCGCUUCUUCGGCUGUCUUUGAGGACAUCUUAACGAAGUAUUCUUUUUCCAUCCUUUGUUUCUUUUGCACGUGUUGAUACAUCGUCAACGGGAAAAGCCAUCGGGCCUUCUUCUUUUCUUUUGUGAUUCUGGGAUUAAUUUUUGUAUAGUAUCAUUCUUGUAAUAUUGUCACGAGCAUAUGAGAUCGACGGAUCUGAUCUUUUUCCAGACUCAUGAAGCAGCCGGCUGGGAAAGUAGAUAGCAAACACACAUAAUCAAUCACGUUCAAAAAGUGUUUCGCGGUCAGGUUAGAAGACUCGAGUGAUUUGGGAGCACUC